AUGAAACUAACAAGAGCUUAUGUUACGCUGUGGCUGUUCACCUGGUUUGCUGAGUUGGGCUUCCUUCAGGCUGUUACUCUUGAAGUGAGGGAGGGGAACGCCACAUGUAUCAAGACUGAACUCACUGCAUUGCUCUCGAUCACGUACAACACAUCCAGCAAUUCGACAUCUGUACAAGUGCCACUUCCCAACACGACCACAGUCGAUGCAGGAAGCAGUUCUUGUGGUGCAGUUGGCAGCAUACCUUCACUGGUGGCAACCUUUGGAUCUGGACACACACUGGGACUGAGCUUCUCAACAAAUGGAAGUUUUUAUAGUGUGGACACAGUAAUGCUGCAGUAUAACCUUAGUGACUCCUCCAUAUUCCCUGACGCCAACAGCUCUGCUGUGGUGACUGUUGUGUCAUCUUCGGUUGGGAUCUGGGCAGCAAUCAACACUACCUACCGUUGUGCGAGUGCCAUUUCUGUUGUAGUCGGGGGACCAGUGGUCACUUUUUCUGAUAUGAGACUUGAAGCCUACAUGCCAGGAAAUGAUCUGAGUCCAGCUGAAACAGAAUGUGCAGCAGACCAACCUAGUACUCCAACUACCACCACUGCCCAUACUCCAGUCACACCAGCACCCACACCACCCGGAACACCUGAACGAGGAACUUACUCCAUUGACAACAGCAAUGGCACUGUUUGCCUAUUAGCUCAAAUGGGAUUACAGCUAAAUUUUUCCUAUGUCUCUCAAUCUCAGAAUAAGACUGUACAAGAAAUCUUUAAUCUCACCCCUAAUUUGACAAGUUCUUCUGGGUCAUGUGAAGUCAAUAGGGCUACCUUGGUUCUGUCUCAGGACGGAACCACAUCACUUAACCUCACCUUUACCCUGAAUGCGACUACCAACAAAUAUCACCUUAACGGGAUAAACAUGCUAGCCAAUUGGUCUGACAUGGCAGCUCCAUUUUUAGCAAGUAACACCAGUCUUGACUACCUUCGGACUACCCUGGGACGCUCCUACAUGUGUAAUGCUGAACAAACUCUGGCUGUAGUGUCAAGCUUCUCUCUCAACACAUUCAGGCUGCAAGUUCAACCUUUUGGAGUGACCACAAAUCAGUUUGCCACAGCGGAGGAAUGUCAGAUGGAUCAAGACCAGAUGCUUAUCCCCAUCAUUGUUGGAGCAGCGCUUGCUGGCCUCGUGCUGAUUGUCCUCAUUGCAUAUCUGAUAGGCCGCAAGAGGAGCCAUGCUGGAUACCAGACCAUCUAA